AUGGCUGCAUUGGUACGAAAAAUAAUAUCAACUGCAAAUGCUCCUGCUGCAAUUGGACCCUAUAGUCAAGCCGUUCAAGUUGGUCAAACAAUUUACAUUAGCGGUUCACUUGGUUUGAUUCCAAAGACCGGAGCAUUUGCUGGUGAAGGCGUUGCUGAGCAAGCAGAACAGUCCUUGAAAAAUAUUGGAGAAAUCUUGAAAGCUGCUAAUGGAGAUUACUCUCACGUUGUCAAAACUACAGUUUUACUGAAAAAUAUGGACGACUUCGGUAUUGUGAAUGAGGUUUACAAAAAAUUCUUCACCAAAGAUUUCCCGGCCAGAGCUGCUUACCAGGUAGCAGCACUGCCAAAAAAUGCCCAAGUUGAAAUAGAAGCAAUAGCAGUGGUUCCGCAAUAA